GACAGCAUGUUUGUUUUCAUUCGGUUCGUCGAAACUCGUGCACGUGCGUUGCUCCGUUCAGUGCGUUUUUUACGGCAAUAAAAACAAUUUCUGCUAUCGUUCGUACACUGUAAUUAACGAAAAUGAGUAAAUUUCGUUCAAAACUAAAGCGAAAGACCGGAUCGAAGCGAUGGCAGAAGGGAGGCGCUUCCUCCUCCAAUCCGCAGGAAAGCAAACAUCGCGCCAAGGCAAAGGGCCGGUUCUUUCAGUCCAACCUGAGCCUUGCUCCGGCGGCCGGCGAACAGUCGGACCGGAAAAGCAAGCUAACGCUCGAGGCGGUACUGAAGCAUGAGGCGAUCCAGUCGUACGGUAGUGGUGGCGCGGGCAAAACCAAGACGCCGACGGUGAACGAUAUUGCGGCCAGUAUGAAAUCGUUCAGCAUGAAAGAUGGCGACGAUGAGAUGAUGUCCGAUUCGCAGCCGGGAACGUUCAAGACCUUCCAAACGUUUGCCUCCAACUGGAGUGCCUGCUCGAACAUGAGCUUCAAGAAGUUGUUAACCAAUUUCCGUGCUGAUUCGCAGCUACAGAAAGAUAUGCUCGCGAUACUGGCCGCUCUCACCGAGGUCAUCAAGGAGCAGUCGGGGAGCCAAAGCAGCACGGAGUACUUUCUCGCACUGAUGGAAACGAUCGAGGCGGCAAAGGAGGAAAACGACAUCAAUGCGGCCGUCUCGCUGCUGGCGAUGGGCAUCAAGUCCGUGCCGGAGGGUGUGCUGCGGCGCAAGUUUUCCGACACAGCCCAAACGCUGCUGGCGCUGCUGGAACGCUACACCGAAACGGAAAACCACACGAUGACGCGCAACCUGAUCGGCUGUAUUUCGGUGCUGCUGCGGGCGCAAGCGUACGAUCAGUGGAAGAUGUCAUCGACGCUCAAGUUUUUCGACGCAAUACUUGCGUUCACCACGCACACUAAGCCGAAACUGCGCAAAGCAGCCCAGCACGCCGUGGUAGCCGUGAUACAUGGCAGCUGCUUUAUGCUACCACCGAAGCAGCAGGACACCGCCGACCAGGAGGAGCAGCCGAAAAAGGUAGCACCGGCGGUAAAGCACCAUCCUGCGGGGGGGCGUGUGGCACGGUUCUGCAUCGCCCAGUUUAAGCCGGAAAACCUCGGCAGCAACCAAACGGUCAUACUGCACAUGCUGGGACUGCUGCACAAUGCGCUGCCCGUGUUCAACAAGGACGACAUUAAGCUGGUGUCGGAAAAUUUGCUCUCCAUCAUGACCGCCACCAACGUGCUGAUACGAACGAACUGCUUCCAAACCUUCCAUUCGCUGUUCACGUCCAAGACGGAAAACCUUACGCCGGUGCUGGCCGGCAAACUGCUCUCCGCCCUGUACGAUUACCGUCCGGAGCGGUCCGAUUCGCGACAGAUCAUCGCCUGGUUGACGGUGCUGAAGGAGGGCCACCUGUUCCUGGCCAAGUACGAUCUGGUGCUGUGCAGCACGGCGCUGCCAAAGUUCGUGCAAGUGUGCACGCAAGACUUCUGGUCCUCGGAAAAGCUGGACGUGGUGUCGGCCGCGUCCAAUGCGCUCAAGGACAUACUGUACGAGUGUGUGCAACCGUGCUGUGCCGACGAGGUCGAGGUGGAAAAACAUCGCGCCUCGCUGGAGAAGUCACUGAAGUACAUCAUCGACGUCCUCUGCACGGCACCGUUCGGGCAUGCCUCGAAGCAAGUGCUCAUCAUUUUGGCCAUAGCGUUCGAUACUACCGGGCGCUACUUCGGAGAGACGCUUGCACCCGCGCUGACGACACUCGGCGCGCGGUAUGAUCCACAGUCCUCCAACCGCAUCCAGAUCGAGCAUGCCGUCCUGCAAGCCGUCGGUUCGAUGGACACGCAGCUGGUGCUGAAGUGCAUACCGCUUGCCGGUUCGGACGGGAAGAUCGAUCUGGACCGCACGUGGAUGCUGCCGCUGCUGCGUGAAGGCCUGCAGCACUCCAGCUUCGAGCUGUUCAACAGCGUCAUACUGAAGCUGGCCUACCAGUGCUACAUGCUGUGGCAAAAGUUCAAGGAAACGGACAACAAACAUCAAUCCCACAUCUUCGAGCUGCUGUGCUGCCAGCUGUGGGGCCUGUUUCCCGGCUUCUGUCGCAAACCGAAGGACGUGUCCAACUUCCGCCUCAUUGCGAAAACGCUCGGCAUGGUGCUGAACGAAAACCCCGACCUGCGGGCACCAAUACUGGACGGUUUGAAGGAGCUGAUAACGCACCUGGAAACACCGUCCGAGCGGGAGGAGAUUGGCCGGUUUGCGAAAAACUUCCUGCCACGGUUGUUCAACAUCUACACCACGAAACCGAACGGCAGCUACGAGAACGAGGUCCGCCAGGCCGCGUUCGAAACGAUACAGGCAUACAUCUCGAUCACGCCCAAUCCCGUACUGGACGAGAUGUUUAACGUGGCACUGCAGCAGCUGCAGGAGAAAGCGCCGGGCACGUUCAUCUACGACACGCUGUUCGAUAUCGUAGAGCAGCUCGCCCUGUACCAGACGAAGGAGAAGCUGGAGGAGAUUUAUAAAAAGUACAUCUCGGUGAUCCUGAAGCAGGACCGGAAGCAGGACACGGUCGCAAAGAGGGAUGCAAAUCUGCGCCGGCAGAUGAAGAAAGCGUUUAAACUGUUGCGCGAAAUUUUGUCCUCGGAAAAUGAGGGCUGCGUUGCGUUUGUGUCCGACAAGCUGGGCAAUAUCGAGAAGCUGCUGCUCGGCACGAUGCACCAGACGUACGACGGCAUUCAGGCACCGCGUUUGGCAUGUUUGAAGAUAAUGCUAGACAAGCAGCCGACGGUACUGCUGAAUGGAAAAUUGGUGACACGAACACUAUCGGAAGUGGUUGCCACGUAUCAUUUGGAGGCAGUCAAGAAGGAACAGAUUGCGGUAGAAUUGCUGGAACAGAUUGGCGAAAUGUUUGAUAACCAGGAGCAGAUUAAUGAGUUCAUCGAUCUCCUCAUUGCCGGGUUCGUGGGUGACAGCCAACUGAUCACCAACACGAUCUGUGUGCUGCGUGCGGUGCUGGAAAAGUUUACCGGUUCGCUGUCGAUCGAUUCGCUCAAGUUCAUGCUGGACCAGGUGCUCACCUUCCUCAUCGGCAAAACACGCAUGGAGGUUGACGCUGCGUUGCACUUUUUGCACUCGUACACCAAAAUUCUUCCCGUUCCGCUCGUGACCAACUAUCUGUCUCUGAUCGUCAAAUCGCUCUCGAUGAUGGUGCCCGAUACCAAGCGCCACUGUCGGUUGAUAUUGGGUUACAUCUGGAAGAAGCUGUGCAAGCGGUUUGGUGCGCAGGAAGUCAUACAGCUCGUACCGGGCAAUGAUGAGGAGACGCACAAGCGGUUGAAGAAAAUAAGGAAAGAUUUGUCGCGUGCAAAGCGCAACAAACAGGGCCGCGACGGCAAGGAUGGCGAAGAGAAGGACGAGGAGGAUGAUGAGGAUGACUUUACGAGCGAACUGCAGAAGAAGAGCUUAACCAUCGAUGAUAUCCUCGCGGAUUCAGACUCAGAUUCGGGCGUAGAAGAUGAAAGAAAGAAUCGCUCAAAGAAGAAGGGAUUGGAUACGUACAUCAAGGAAUCGGAAGAUAACAUCGUGGAUUUAGCAGAUCUGGAUGCGAUUGGAAAAAUUACAACCAACGAACCAAUGGAAGAGAAAGAUCACUCCCGUCCGGGUACCAGCAAGCAGCACAAGGAUGCCAACCGUGGCUUUAAGACGGCUUCCGACGGUCGGCUCAUCAUCGAAGACAUUGAAGAUUAUUCGGAUUCGGACGAAGAUCCGGACGAAGCGCUUGGGUACGCGGACAAGACCAAAAAGCGUAUCUACGACGAGGACGACAGUGACGACAGCCAGGCCGAACAGGAGGAGUACCGACCGAACGAGGACGAAGAGGAGGAAGGUCCUUCGUCCCGGAAGCGCAAAGCAAUCGAUGCACUUAGCGCUCGUUCCGGUAUGUCCGGCGCGUCUAGCCGGUACGUGGCCGGCGGUAAGGGUAUUCAUCGUCCAACGGCUGCCUCGGUAAAGUCGGGCUACAGUAGCAAGUCGAACCGCACUGCUAAAUCGAACGUAUCGACCGGUGCCGAAUAUCGGACGAAGAAAGCGUCCGGAGAUAUGCUGCGCAAGGGCAAACACGAACCGUACGCAUAUGUUCCACUAAGCCGCAAUUCUCUCAAUCGAAGGAAACGGUCGAAAAAUGCAGGACAGUUUAAGAGCAUUGUGAAAGGUGCUCGAAAGGGUGCAGCUGCCGGGUCGAAGAAACGCCUGCUCAAGGCUGGCACGAAGCGAAAAUAACUCAAAGCAGCGAUGCAGCUGCGAGGCGCACGCAGUGUUCGGAGGAGAUUUGUGAUGCGACAAAAGCAAAUGUAAACAUUCAUAACAUUGUGACUUCCCUCUUUCGUCAGAAGUUGUUUAUAAAUUGAAUAUAGAAGGCUAA